AUGGCGGAUUUCGGCGCCCUGAGCGAGCUGCACAACCAACAGCGGCCUGGCCGCCGUUUCGACAAGAUCUACGGCAAAAAGAAACCAGCCAUGGCUUACUCGCGCGCGAUGCAUUUCCAUCUUUUCGGGGGAGGAGACGAAAAUCACAUCGUGGACAAGAUGGAUGAACUGAAACUCAAGCAUGAUAGAGACACACCGGUACAGCCGGUUCAAGAACAUCCUUCCCCUCCCAAAAAGCAACCGGCUGAACACGAUCCGCGGCUUCGAGGGCGACGAAAAGCUUUACCCUCCAGGAAAAUGGCGGCGCUCACACCGGAAAGAUCACAAGCACUCACUCCCUUGCUCGGGCUGAUUCAACGAGAAGUCAAAGACUUUCAGGAAUUCGGUCGGAGCAUAGGAAAGAAAUACAUCUGCACAAAGCUUGGAGAAGGAGCAUAUGCCGACGUCUUUAAACUCCACCCAAAAGACUUCGAACAGGCCACAGACUCACCCGACGAAGGCGGCGCCGUUAUUAAAGUCAUUCCAUUCAACAUCGACAAAUCUACCGAAGAUGACAUCGUUGACUUGGAAUCGAUCACGAGGGAGGUCCGAGUAUUCCUGACUCUUACGCCAUUGUAUGGUUUCGCUCAAUGCAGAGGUGUCGAAGUCGUCAGCGGAAAAUAUCCAGAUGUCCUUCUCGAGGCUUUCCACCUGUACAAGUCAACAGACCCAACAGAUGCAAUUAACCCAGAUCCGAACGACACAACUCCCCCUGACCAGCUGUACGUGAUCAUCGAAAUGAGCAACGCUGGCACACCAAUCUCGAAGAUCAAGAAACCAUCAGCAUUCCAAACCUUCGACAUCUUCUGGAAGACAGCAAUGACACUUGCACACGCUGAAGACGAGGCUGAGUUCGAACACCGAGACUUACACAACGGUAACGUCUGCUUCAAGCCACGAACGAGAGACGGCCCAAUCGAUGCCACUGAAGAGCUUAUUGGAAAUAUGACGGCGGAACCAGACGUGACGCUGGGCCUCUCAAACCUCGAAGUCACUGUCAUCGACUACACCCUUUCUCGCGCACAUGUCGGCAACGAUUCUUCCGGCGGAGACCCCAUCGUCUUCGACCCGAUUGUCUACUGGGAACAAAACGACAUUGAGGGCCGGACAGAAGCAGAAAAGAGACAGUAUGACACGUACCGCACGGUACGAGACUGGGCAAAGACGACAGAGAUCUGCGUCCAAGCCAGGGCCGAGUUGGACGGGGUCGAGCUGGAGCCAAUGGACAAGUACAUGCGGUUCCUCCCCAAAUCCAACGUCAUGUGGUUGGGCUAUCUGCUAGCCGACAUGUUGUCGAGGAACAAGGGAGAGGGCAGGGCGGCCUGCCUGCCCGGAAGCAGCAGGGCAGCAAAAAGGCUGCAGAUGAAUAUAUGGAGGACAUUGGAGCAGGUGGAGGGGUAUAUCAACGGCACCACCCCGACGUUGAUGCCAGAGAGUGCAAGGGAGCUCCUGGACACAGCAGUGGACCAGAAGUGGCUGACACCCGCUGAUAUAGCGGCGUUCAAGAGCCAAGUGGAGGAGUAG